UCGACUCCGCCUGACCCCAGCCUUCGCAACAUUUAGACGCGUCUGCCUGUUCAUUCUGCACAUCCUACUCCACCCAAAUUACUGCCCACGCACCUCUUCGCUCAAUUGAACGUCUCGCCACCAUCGCCACCGCAAGAAUGAGUCUCAAGCGUAAGGCCGCCAGCGCCGCUACCGAUGCAGCGAAGAAACCAAAGGUCAAUGGCAGCAUCACAUCAUUCUUCGGCGCGCCCAAGCCCAAGGAGGGUGCAACGGCUGCCGCGAAAUUCGACAAGGACGCGUGGGUCGCGAAGCUUACGGACGAGCAGAAAGAGCUCCUGAAGCUGGAGAUCGACACGCUGCAUGAGAGCUGGCUGCCACACGUCAAGGAUGUGCUGCUUAGCCCGACGUUCCUCGACCUCAAGCGCUUCCUGAAGAAGGAGCUGGCGAGCGGGAAGGCGGUGUAUCCGCCCAUGAAGGAUGUCUAUUCCUGGUCGCGUCACACGCCGCUCAACACCGUCAAGGCAGUCAUCACGGGUCAAGACCCCUACCACAACCCGAACCAAGCCCACGGCCUGUGCUUCUCUGUGCGGCCACCUACGCCGGCCCCGCCCUCGCUCAAAAACAUAUACAUCGCGCUCAAGAAGGACUACCCAGACUUCAAGGAGCCGCCGAACCGGGGCGGUCUGCUGACGCCUUGGGCGGAUCACGGUGUCUUGAUGCUGAACACGUGUCUCACGGUGGAGAAGAACAAGGCCAACUCGCACUCUGGCAAGGGGUGGGAGCUGCUUACGCAGAAGGUGAUUGAUACUGUGGCCAAGGUGCGGACGAAUGGCGUAGUAUUUUUGGCGUGGGGCUCGCCGGCGCAACAGAGGGUCAAAGACAUAGAGAAAGCGUACAAGGAGCGGCAUCUCAUUCUGCGUAGUGUGCAUCCUAGCCCGCUAGCCGCGCACAAAGGAUUUUUCGAUUGCGGACACUUCAAGAAGGCGAACGACUGGCUGGAGGUGAAGUACGGGAAGGGUGAAGGCAUCGAUUGGAACCUAGACGUCGACCCGAAGGAGGCGGGCGUUUAGGCUAAAGCGAGCUGCCUUUCAGCUGCUCUUCGAAGCCGUUGUGUGGUUUCGUCGAAUUAGCAUCUUGUGUUGUAUGGCACUGGUUUGAUGCAUCAGCGCUAUAAUCGGGUUCUGGGCGUUGGACAGGCGUUUGGAAAAAGAUAUCACGGUACUCGCAAAAAUUUGAGCUCAAACUUCAGGC